AUGUCGGCGCUGGAGAAUAUACCCAACAAAGAGCUUGCCGAAGAAAUUGAAGCCAUCAAUGCGAUCUACGAACCUGACACCAUCACGGUAACCCACACAGGGCUGGGGAAAUCCAAUGCCACCACAACCCCCGCCGGCACUCUCGAUCUCGGCCAUUCCUCAGAAUCAUCCGACGAUGGCGCACGAACCACAGUGACUCUCCAAAUCCCUGAACAACCACAUCUGUCCUUUCGUCUGGGAUUCCCAGCCACAUAUCCCGAGACUUGCCCUGAAGUGCUCGGGACCGCGUCAACCGCAGCCCGAGGCGAGGGUAAAAUUGCCGUGGACGUACUGGAAGGCAUUAUACAGCGAACAUGGCAACCUGGCGCGGUGUGCUUGUUCGAUGUGAUCAGCGAAGCAGUCGAGAUCUUUCCAGAGCUAAAUAUCGGAGGAACCAAGGAGUCUGCGUCAGCGGAGGCAACACACCAUGCCGAUGAGACACAGUCGUCUCAUCAUGCGACGAGUUCUGAAGGGACCAAAACGAAACCAACGAUGGAACUUCUUAUGAGCCUUUCUCUUCAGGAUAAGCAUGGACACGAGCUGCCGCCGGAUUGGGUUCUUUCGGACGUGAUCACCGAAAAGAAAUCGGUGUUUUUGGCCCGGGCAGUCAGAGUGACGAGUCUUACGCAGGCGCAGGCUUUUCUGGACCACUUGACCGUGACGGACAAAAAGGUCGCAGCUGCCACGCACAAUAUCAGUGCGUGGCGUAUCAAGCAGAGUAAAGAAGGUGAUUUUCACGCAUCGAACGGAAAUACCGAGUCUGAUGCAUCAGAGAAGGUGAUUCAAGACUACGACGAUGAUGGGGAGACUGCUGCUGGCGGUCGCUUGUUGCAUGUGAUGCAGUUAAUGGAUGUGUGGAAUGUGCUUGUCGUGGUGUCAAGAUGGUAUGGUGGGAUUCAGUUGGGGCCAGCGAGAUUCAAACUCAUCAACGACGUCGGCCGCGAUGCGCUGGUCAAGGGUGGGUUCAACCGGGAAGAGAACACAAGAAUUUCUGAUAAAGGCAAGAAGAAGGGAAAGAAAUGA